UUCUGUCGCCGCCGCCGCCGCCGCCGCCACCGCUUCCCACAGCGCUGCCGCCGCCGCCGCCGCCGCCGCUCUGCCUGGUCCACCCUCCAGGCCCAGUGCUCUGACUUUGCGAACCGGGGCGCUCUGCAGAGACAUCUUCACUCCUUCCUGGGGGUCCGGGACACCUAGGCCGGCGUUGGGGGGAACCUCUGCUUGCGGGUGACAGGGAGGGAGGAGCCUGGAGCCGGAGCCCGCGACACCCGUCGCCUGGAUCAACAGGACAGGACAGGUUGAGGGGCGUCGGGGAAAGGAAGGGGUGCUCUGGCAGUCCCAGGAGGACGAGGAAGCCCUGUCGCAGGAAGCUGUGAUGCGCUGGGACUUACUAAGGCCUGUUCACGUUUGAGGAGUGCUCACACACAACGUGGGCACUCCUCUCUGGGGGGGCCUGGUUAGACUGGAGGGUGUGGGAUCUAAGCAGUGCCGGCUGCUCCUCGGGGGGAAUUUAAGGGGCAGCCAGAAGACAAACAGAAACGACUGAUGCUCCUGUUUCGGGGUGACCGAGGGUCCUCCAGACAACCACCUGGUGUAUGCACUAGGAAGGGCUGAUUUGGAGGUGACUUCAAAAGGAGUGGAGGGUAGCAAAGUGAGGAGAUGGCCUCAGCAGCUGGAACCCUGGGGUACUAGAACCCCAGGUCCUGGAACCCUGUGAGAAAAAGCAUUAUCCAGCCAGAGGAACUGGGAACCCCUUCUCACUGGACCUAGACAGCCUGGGUAUUGAGACAUAUUUGGGGGGAUUUUUUGGGGAAAAAAAAGUGGGAGAGCCACUCCAUUUAGAGUAUAGCAAAGGGAAAAACAUCAGGACUGGGUUCCUCUCUGACAUUGACAGCAGCCCAGAGUGAACUGAUGUCCCCAAAGCUAAAGACCCACACCCUUCAGAACACAAGAGUAGGCUGGGCAGGAGCGGCCCCAAAAUAGGGGGGAAAGAAGUCUGAGGAGAUUAAGAACACGUCUUGGAAAUUUAGGAGGGUCUUGACUUUGGGACAGGGGAAGUGGGGACAGAGGCCAGAGAGGAGGGAAGGGGAGAGCUUUCAUUCGGGGACAAAAUUCAUGGGUGAGGUCAGCUGAGGAGGGCACAGGCUGUUGGAGCGGCUGGAGCCAGGGGCAGGGCCCACGGGUGGGAGCUGGUGCUUGUGGGGGGAGGCAAGGGGGUCUGGGGCUUAUCCUUAGGUCCUGUGGGUGGGGCGGUGGGGUGGGUCCAGAGCAUGCCCUGGUGAGAGGGCUCCUCUAGGGGAGCCCAGGGCGCUCCGGGAGCCUGCUGGUUUCGGGGUGUCUCCUCCCGGGGCGCUAUGGCGGCGCUGGCCAGUAGCCUGAUCCGACAGAAGCGGGAGGUCCGCGAGCCCGGGAGCAGCCGGCCGGUGUCGGCGCAGCGGCGCGUGUGUCCCCGCGGCACCAAGUCCCUUUGCCAGAAGCAGCUCCUCAUCCUGCUGUCCAAGGUGCGACUGUGCGGGGGGCGGCCCACGCGACAAGACCGCGGCCCAGAGCCUCAGCUCAAAGGCAUCGUCACCAAACUGUUCUGCCGCCAGGGCUUCUACCUCCAGGCGAAUCCCGAUGGGAGCAUCCAGGGCACCCCAGAGGACACCAGCUCCUUCACCCACUUCAAUCUGAUUCCCGUGGGGCUCCGCGUGGUCACCAUCCAGAGCGCCAAGCUGGGUCAUUACAUGGCCAUGAAUGCCGAGGGGCUAUUGUACAGCUCGCCGCAUUUCACAGCAGAGUGUCGCUUUAAGGAGUGCGUCUUUGAGAAUUACUAUGUCCUGUAUGCCUCUGCUCUCUACCGCCAACGUCGUUCUGGCCGGGCCUGGUACCUAGGCCUGGACAAGGAGGGCCGGGUCAUGAAGGGAAACCGAGUCAAGAAAACCAAGGCUGCUGCCCACUUUGUGCCCAAGCUCCUGGAGGGUGGGUAUGGGCUCAAGAAAAGUGGCCAUGUACCGGGAGCCUUCUCUCCACAGUGUCCCUGAGACCUCCCCUUCCAGUCCCCCUGCCCCUUGAGCUGUAGUCCCUGGACUGGAGGCUCCCUGCACUUCCGGUGAGCCAGCCACCGCCACAGCCUGCCUCGUAGCCCUGCUCCAGGCCCUGCUGCUCUUACCCCUGUUACCACACACAUGCCCUAAGCAGCCAGGUCUCACCAGGUGCUGUACCCUGAGGGAGCUUAGGGGCUGGCUGGGACUUCGGGAGUUGCUGAGUUCUUAGAUCCUGGGGCCUAGGAGAGGUUCUGAGAUGGGGGUGCCUGAAAUGAUCCUGGCUGACCACUUAUUUCUUUUCACACUAACUCCUCCCCCUCCAAAGAACCCCAAUUUUUCCCAAAAUGGCGCUGGGGGUUCCAAAACUGACUAAGCAAGGGAAUGAAUACUCCUCACCCUGGCGGAGCCAGUUUCUGAAGCCAUGUACUGUAUACCCCUUUACAUUGCCACGAAGCCAUAGCUUUCCAGGCCGGUCCACGGGCACUCAGAGCUAGUUUCCUUCUCCCCCAUUCCACCUCCUGCCUUGGUCUGGACAGGUUCUGAUCCAGCUGAACACCCCAGCCAGGGCCCUUCUGUGUGCUGUAUUAGAACCCAGGCAUGGAUCCUUUAAGCUUUGAUGGACCCCCCCUGGUUUUUUGUUUUUGUUUUUUAAAGAAGAGGCUGAAUUCGAGCCCCCGAAUGUAGCCGCUGGCCUUGGUCUGAAGUGGAACCAGCCUCAGGUCACACCACAUGUUAAACCUUCGUAUCCCAGAGACACCCAAUUCUAGAGCAUGGUGUUCUAGACCUUUCUGGAGCCAUACUUCCUCCUGAAUCUCAGCUCCGGGACACAGACAUGACUCUCAGCCCUUUUUUCCAGGAUGGAACUAGGGCCUAAUAGCCAUAUUAUUGUACUAGAGUAAGUUCUAAGCCCACUCUUUCACUUCCUCUAAUGAUUAUUUAAGAAUGAGCUGUGGAUAGAACUCAGCUAUGAUUCAUUAAGAACUCAUUGGUUCUGAGCUGUGCUUUAGUAGCACAUGCCUGUAAUUCAGCACCUGGGAGACUGAGUCAGAAGGAUUUCGAGUUGUAGGCCAUCAUGGGCUAUAAUAGCAAAGCCCUGUCUGAAAAGCCAACACACACACACACACACACACACACACACACACACACACAGAGAGAGAGAGAGAGAGAGAGAGAGAGAGAGAGAGAGAGAGAGAGAGCACAUGCUUACUACUAAUCAGUACUGAAUGAAUCAAGAACUACUGCUUGUUUUUCCUAAAUAAUUUUUUAAAAAUCCCCUUCCCUUUAGAAUGCAAACCUCACUUUACAUGGUUUCUAGUUUUAGCAUUCCAACCGGGGUUCUGCCAGGGAAACCAGAGUCUCGGGGGAAAGGUACAGGAAUUCUGGAAGAAUUUACCUGGGGAAGCUCAGAGGAGGAAAAUGGCAUGCUUGGAUUGAAUUUGCAUCUGCUUUGGGGAGACAUGAACACUUAGCUACCUCAGCAGGAAUUCCUUCCAGGUCCCUUCUAAAGCUGAGGUCCUUUGCUUGAUAUGGUGUGGUGCGUUUGUGAGGUGGAGGAAGGAGAAUUGGGAACAAAGGGCUAGCCUGGGCUACACAGGGAGUUCAAGACCAGCCUGGGCUAUGUGAGAGCCUAUCUCAAACCACCACAGAAAACUGAGGUCUGUCAGGAUAAUAACUCUAGAAUAAGAGAAGACAAAUAGGGACAGCCUUGAUUCCCCCCUCCCAGCAAGGAGACCCCAACUCAGCAAUAAGUCCAACUUCUCCCUCCUACAGGUCAGGCCUAGGAAAUGAGGGGCCUCUUGGGCUCCCAGACCUCAUAUAUCCCCAGAGCUUCUAAUUAAAUAGAAUUUACUUUACCUUACAGCUUACAACCUCAGCUGGGUUUUAAGUACCCAAAAAGGACCUGAAAAUGGGGACCCUCUAGCAAAAUAGGGGGUAGAUUCCGAGUCUAGCAGAUGUAGGUGGAAAGGACUCCGGAGGUCCUAAGGGAGGGGCUAGUGCUCAAAGGCAGGUCACUUUUCCUCAGGCCCUUUUACUUCUUGGCUUGUUGCAAGAGAUGCCCCCCUCCCUCACACAAACCCCGCUCAGGCUCCGCCCAUCCCCUGGCUCUGCCCUCGGGGGACCGGGUCUCCAUGCUUUCUCUAAUUAAAGACGAUUUAUACAA